AAAUUCACAUAAAAAUUAAAAAAGCUUCGCCCUUUUUAUUCUACUGCCAUAAUCUCCCUGCGACCAGUGAAUCUAGGAGCAAGAAUCUGGGCCAGGAAUAGCACGAUCUCACUCUCUAGCUGUCCUCGUUCAAGCAAUCCGCAACUGUAAAGGAACGAGUUUUGGAGCGGAAAUUUAAAAAGUGCUCAACGACCAGACGGAGACUGCAACUUGGGAGUGUCAAAGUUCAUAUUUUUCUGUUGUAUAAUUGAGUUGAGUGCUGCGGGUAUUACUGCAGACAGAUCGUAGAAUUUUAAGGUGUUGGUGAAACUGUCAUGCUGAAUGUUGCUACCAGGAAGUGGAGUAGGGAUGAAUUCCACAAUGGAUGAUAUGAACCUGAUUCAGCAGGCACAGAGGCAUCACCUAGUGGCUAGAGAAUUAGGAGAAGAGAUAGAUUUAGAAAUUGGCCCUGGGGAUGAUGAUCCUUCAUUUGCUAACACCCCACUCAUUGGUGGCCCACCCCGAGAACCUUCUUCAGAAGGGCAGGAUGAGACCAAGCAGAUGGUAAUGGUUUCUCAGCUCCCCAGUGAUGAUCAAGAUAUGUUAAAGAUGCAACCUGCAAAAAGGAAGAAGAAGGUCGUGAAAAGAUGGAGAGAGGAAUGGGCUGAUACCUACAAAUGGGCUUAUGUUGAUGUGAAAGAGGGGACAGCAAGAAUUUUCUGCUCUGUAUGUAGGGAGUAUGGUCGGAAGCAUAGAAGAAACCCCUAUGGGAAUGAAGGCAGUCGGAAUAUGCAGAUGAGUGCACUGGAAGAGCACAACAAUAGCUUGCUUCACAAAGAGGCUCUUCGUCUCCAGAUGGCCUCUAAGGAUAAGAUUAUUGUUGACAAGCCAAUCUAUGUUAAAGCUCUUAUGUCAAAAACGGCUGGAUCAAUUGUUGAAGCAGCACUGAAAAGGGAUCCUCAUGAGGUUGAAUUCGUACAAUCAGUGCAGGAAGUUGUUCAUGCUUUAGAAAGAGUGAUUGCAAAGAAUUCUCAUUAUGUCAAUAUUAUGGAGCGGUUAUUAGAACCUGAGCGUAUUAUUAUUUUCCGAGUGCCAUGGGUUGAUGAUAGAGGUGAGACACAUGUCAACAGAGGCUUUCGGGUUCAAUUUAACCAAGCAUUGGGUCCAUGUAGGGGUGGUAUUCGUUUUCAUCCAUCAAUGACCUUAAGUAUUGCCAAGUUCCUUGGUUUUGAACAGACUUUAAAGAAUGCCUUAUCGCCAUACAAACUAGGAGGUGCAGCAGGUGGAAGUGAUUUUGAUCCAAAAGGAAAAAGUGAUAAUGAGAUUAUGCGCUUUUGCCAAAGUUUCAUGAAUGAGAUAUAUCGUUAUUUGGGUCCUGACAAGGACCUUCCAUCAGAGGAUAUGGGUGUUGGUACUCGGGAAAUGGGGUAUCUGUUUGGACAAUAUCGACGUCUAGCUGGUCAUUUUCAGGGAAGUUUUACAGGGCCAAGGAUAUUUUGGUCUGGCUCUAGCCUCCGAACUGAAGCUACUGGCUAUGGGCUGGUUUUCUUUGCACAGCUCAUGCUUGCAGAUGUGAACAAAGAACUCAAAGGAUUAAGAUGUGCAGUAAGUGGUUCUGGAAAGAUUGCACUGCAUGUUCUGGAGAAGCUUAUUGCAUAUGGUGCUCUUCCCAUCACGGUAUCCGAUUCGAAGGGGUAUUUGGUGGAUGAGGACGGAUUUGAUUACAUGAAAAUAUCAUUUUUGAGAGAUAUCAAAGCCCAGCAGAGAAGUUUGAGAGACUAUUCAAAGACUUAUGCUCGAUCUAAGUACUAUGAUGAAGCAAAACCUUGGAAUGAAAGGUGUGAUGUUGCAUUUCCUUGUGCUUCCCAAAAUGAAAUCGAUCAGGCUGAUGCCAUUAGUCUCGUCAAUUCAGAUUGUCGUAUACUAGUAGAAGGUUCAAACAUGCCCUGUACCCCUGAGGCGGUUGACGUUCUGAGAAAAGCUAAUAUUCUCAUUGCUCCUGCAAUGGCUGCUGGUGCUGGGGGGGUUGUUGCUGGAGAGCUUGAAUUAAAUCAUGAGUGUAAUUUGGUGCAUUGGUCACCAGAGGACUUUGAGUCAAAAUUACAGGAAGCAAUAAAACAAACUUACCAGAGAGCCCUGAAAGCUGCAGCUGAUUUUGGUUAUCAAAAGGAGAGUCCUGAAGCUUUGGUACAUAGAGCAGUUUGUCUCUGCUUUGACUAUUUCUCUAGCUAUGAACGAUCAAGGAUGUGAUAAUAUCAUGAGAUUGAUUAUAUUAAGAACCUGAACCAAUUUAUCUCCUCUGCCCUCCUUGGUAAAAGUCUCUGGUCGUAUAAUUUAACUACUCAGGAACUGCAUACCAUUUAAUGACUGCUUUUGCAAUUAAUCAGCCUUGCAAUUAAUACAGAAGGGUAUUGAUGGGGUUGAGUUGGAGAAACACGUCCAUGGUGUGCUGUUGAUUGUUUAAGAUCAUGUCCGGGGUUUAAUACCUUAUUGCUUUUUAAAUUUUUUUAAGCUUGUAACAUAUUGUUUUUGGGACCAAAUGAAACUAUGAAAUGCAUAGGAUUUCUUCUGUUCAUCAACCCAAAUGGCCUCCCAGAUUUCAAUGCAGAAAUAAUGGCUGCUGAGUUACAUUAAUGCAUUGUGUCAAUUCCCAAACAAAUCUGAUGGUUAGACCUGUUUUUCUUAUUCUCUUC